UCUGCCUGGCGUUAGAGAGUAAGAGACUGGGACUGCUUAGCUUUCUGUCACACUUUCUAACUGGACUUGUAAAUACAGAGGCCAACUUCAUAUGCUACAGUGUAUUGUUUUCUACUUUUUGUUCAUUUGGAAUGUGGUAUUGUUCAAUUAGGCAUUAGGCAUGCUAACCAGUAUAGCUAAGUAGACUUAGCAAAGCUUUUCUUCACAUCCAGGGAACAGUUCCUUCAGACAUGGCGGGUGUUUUGGAUAAGUUUAUGGAGUUCCACCCCGUCCAUGGCACAAAUGUACAAUUGGAUCCCUCUGGGACGAGGGCAACUCGUGUUGAAAGUUUUGCUAACGGGCUGUGCUUCAGCAAAAAUCCCUUGAAUCCAGGGGAAAUAUUCCUGGUGGAGAUUGAGGACAAGGAACUGGGCUGGUGCGGCCAUCUUCGGAUUGGACUUACAGCACAUGACCCUCGAAACCUGGAGACGGUACCAGAGUACUCUCUUCCUGAUCUGAUGGACCUGGGAAAAAGCUGGGUGUUUGCCAUCACUAGGAACCACAAUAGGGUUGUUGAGGAGCAGCCACCGGCGGAGCCUGCAGGUGACCACCUAGCAGGGGGCCACAGGCUGGGGAGGGGCGAACCCGAGCAGGAAGAAGAACUCAGCAGACCCAAGGUGUUUUUCACCAGCCCCCACUUGUGCAUCGAGAAGAUGUACAUCCCCAUGGAUAAACUCGUCGGCCGCAGUCGCCCCGGCAGGUACAGCCACAUCCUGGACGACCUGUACAAGCUGAAUGCACUACCUCCCACAGCUCGCCGCAGCCGCAUUGGUGUAGUCUACGUCCCCAGAGAGCCAGGUUUCGCUGACAUGCACAUAGUCAUCAAUGGUGAGGACAUGGGGGCCUCGGCCAAGAGGAUACCCACAAGUCAGCCUCUUUAUGCAGUUGUGGAUGUGUUUGCUGCUACCAAGUGUGUCCGCAUUGUACAGGUGGAAUAUGGCUUUGCAUCAUUGCAAACACUCUGUCGGCAGGCCAUUCAGAAAAAUAUUGUUCACAGAAUGGCGUUGGACUGGCUGGAGCUUCCUGAGAUACUGAAGAAUUUCUGCAAGUACGAGUGAUGGACAAUCCUAUUGCUGCAGCAUCAUUAAGAACUUUUUUGUAACUUUAAACUGUAUAACAAUAUAUUGCGAAUUAUGAGAUAUUGCACACUGUGUACAGCCUUUUAUAAAAUAUAUUCCACUCCACAUCUUUUUACAGUGUGUUACAAGUGUUCCCUGACAAAGCUUUACCAUUGCCUUUGAGAUUGUCUCAUUUGAUCAAACUCCACAGUUGAAUGUUUAUAUCAGUUUCAAUGGGAAGUUGCAUGCUUUCUAAUUGUGCAUUGACCAUACAGUAGUUCCAUCAGUUCAGAUAAUCUGACAGACCAUGACACAUCGUAUCUCAAUUAUCAUGCUGCAGUUUGAGUAAAAAAAUGAUGAGGUACUCACUGAAAGAAUAUUGUGUUUGUACAUGGAAUGUUACAAAGUAACACAAGGAUCCAUUUUAUAUAAACAAAUAAAAAAUAAUAUCAAUCAGCUGUA